AUGGACUCGCAGCCGCAUUCAGGGACAUUUAAUGAUGACCUGCUUAAAUCAUUCAUCAGUGACAACUAUGUACUGAAAACAAUUGCUAAGGAAUGGAUAACUUUUUUGAAGGGGGAUAUCGACAAAGUUCUUCUCGCAUUAAGGUGGGGCUGGAGGCAUUGUCAGACUCUUACUUACAAAAAACCCCGUUCCUGCUCCUGCUUCAAGUUGGAGAUGAGGUACAUUAUUGAGCUUGCUCUUACAAAGGUUGAACAUCAGCCCUGUCUGUCUUCCGACCGCGUGAGGGAGCAAUCCUCCUCCUCACGCCCCAGCCGCCGCAGUAGGCGAAAUUCCGGGCGUUGGGGAUCAAGAGACGAUUUCCGGCCACCCUACCGCAGGACGGCGAGGAAGGGUAGCUUGCCACUAGACCAGAACCAUACUGGAGCGUACGGCAAGCCAACAGACCACCACAUAUGGGGCCUAACAGAGUCGAUGUUCAGCCAGGAUUGUAAAGCAAGCGCAAUAAGAUACCGCGGCCACAACCUGGAGAAGGAAAUGGAAAGGGAGGUUUUUAGUCAUUCCCGAGACAACAUGCUGCCGACUCAUGUGAAGCUGAGCUCGUCCCUCACCUGCCGUCUUGUGGGUGGAUUGACCAGAGAACAAAGAUCCGUCUGCCACGAAUCACCCGAUACAGUCGCCGUGGCCUUCGAAGGUCUACAAUUAGCGGUCAAGGAAUGCCAGCAUCAGUUCCGCUGGCACAGGUGGAAUUGCUCCAGCCUAAUGACCAGGAGUAGUAAUCCUCAUAGCAGUUCUAUAAUGAAAAGAGGGUUCCGUGAAACAUCGUUUCUCUACGCACUUACAGCGGCAGGAGUGGCCCACUCCAUCGCUCGGGCUUGCGCUCAAGGUCGUCUAAUAUCUUGCGGCUGCGAUCCUUUGGGAUACCGGGCCUCACACGACCCCCGUGGCAGAGCGAAGGUUAACAAAUGGGAAUGGAGUGGGUGUUCACAUAACCUGGCUUAUGGCAUCGAGUUCUCCAAGAAGUUCCUUGAUAUACGGGAGCAGGUGGAUGAUCUGCAGUCCAAGAUCAACGUCCAUAACAACAAUGCAGGGAGAUCGAUGCAAAUAUCUAUAUAUAGGAGUGGUAUUAAAAUUCCGGAACGGUAUCGUAAUAUUGUAUUAGGCAUUAAAGAACAGGUUCAGAAGAAUCAAACAUUAAGAUUCCUCAUCACGUUUCAAGCCAUGAUCAAGUGCUAUAAAAGUGAAUUGAGCCGUGUUGCAUAUAGCGCCACAAUUAGGAACUAUGGUAGUGGCGGAGGCUGUAGAGGCCUCGGGCUCCGCAUUAGCCGACCGUAUUUCACGAGCCGCCCCGUCGAGAUUCUGGCAUCUCAUAUGGAGGUGCGAUGCAAAUGCCAUGGCUUGUCAGGCAGCUGCCAGCUUAGAACGUGCUGGAGAGCCACACCUGACUUCAGAGCGGUAGCAUCUACCAUCAAACGACAAUAUAGAAAGGGUUUGAUGGUAGCUCAGGAAGAGUUGAAUAAUAAUCCCUCUGUGCUCAGAGGCAGACCUAGAGGCAGGAGGCGAGGGAAGGCGAGGCCUGCUCCUAAGACUAGCCUGCUGUUCUUUGAGAGAUCCUCGAACGGAUUCGGCUGGUACAUCAGGUCGGGUCUGUCGCAUCGGUCGGACGACGAGGUCGGGAUCGUGCGACUUACUCUGUUGUGGGCGUGGCCACGCUUUGAUUAG